AUGUCGUCCCCAUCAACACCCCGGUCGACACGGUCCGCGUCCGCGGCCGCCAACUCCCCAGAGAUGCUUACUCCGGGGCGAAAAAUCAAAGCCAUGCUGGCAGCAUUCGACAGCGAUUCGGAUUCCGAGAGUGAAAUAGCAACGAAGCCGAAAUCGAACGCGAAGCCCGCGAAUUCGCCAAAAGAAAACACGAAGACGAACACCACGACGCGGCCGUUCAAUAUGGACCUAGACGAGGAGGACGAAGACUCUGACGAAGAUAUAAUCAUGCCUAGAGGCCGAAUGGCUGCGCGUCUACAGGGCCAGGACACAACUACAGAACCCCGAGCAGAACAGCCACCCGCGGAAUCGGCGUUCGAGCGAGUAUUGAAAAGUCUACGAGCAGAGAAGAAGGAUUCGAGCAAUACGCGUCGUGAGGCGGCAGACGAUGAUGAGGAUGAGGACGAGGAUUCUGAUGAUGAACUCCCUGCGGCUGGACCGAGACGGAGAGCUCAAAAGACGCGCGAUGAGGAUGAAGAGUCCAUCCGGUCACAGUCUCGUGCGCGCUCAUACUCCCCACUUUUCAUGUCUUCCCCGGCAAAAUCACCGAACGGAGAACAGGAGCGGGGAGAGGCAUCUGGCUCAGAGGACGAAAAGGCAGCGCCGAAACGGAACAGCCGAUUCCUUGAGCUCGUUGCACAGAAGCGAAAGGAGCGUGAGGAGAAGGAGCGCGCUGAAGCAGAUAAGAAGGCUGCCAAGGCGAAGGAACGAGAGGCACUCAACGCCAACAUGUUCUCUGACGACGAGAGUGCGAAUGAUAGCGGCUCUGGUAAGAAGAAAGCGCCCAAGAAGGCGCGCCCUGCCCGCAAGGCCGGAAAGAAAGCCCUUGAGGAUAUGAACCGCGAGACGCAGCGAAUGAGCAGAAACAUGCAAUUGGCUCAUGAGGCACAGACGAAAAAGAAGAUCACCAAGGAGAGCUUCUUUGCUCGUUUCAACUUUAUGCAGCCUCAGGGACAGACUGCGCCGGAACAGCCUGGCGACAACUCCUCGACCACUGCAGGAUCACAGCACUCGUCGGAUGUCGAAGCGCACAAAGACAAGGAAACGCCGCAAACUUCGCCUAUUUUGUCGCCAGCGGACGCCCCCGAUGACUCGGCCAAGGAGCAGCUGGAAGAGGAUUUCGUCUUCCCGACUGCAGAAGAGCUUCUGAAUGCACCGGCCGAGGAGACUCAAGAGGUCUUUGGUGAAGAAGAGGACAAGACCGCCAAACCAAGUAUCGGACUUUCCAGCGCCAAGAAAGGAAAGCUGCCAUUACGAGCAGCCCCUAUGCGCGUUCGACUCUCCCGAGACCAGGUAGCUCGGCAUCAGAAGGACGAUUCGGAUAGCGACCUCGAGAUUGUCACAUCGCCCGCCAAAUGCCGACGCAUCGCAGCGUUUGAGAACCUCCCGGCACGCAACAUGCAAGAACCAGCGUCCAUGUUCAAGCUGAAAGCAUUGGCACAGCUUACAUCGCCGUCCCGGAAGUCUACCACGAUGAACUCGGCAGAGUUAUCGGCGAGUCUACUGUAUCAAGCGAAGGUACAGGCAGGAAAGGAGCGAAGGGAGAGGAUAGAGGAGCUCCGUGCUAAGGGUGUUAUAAUCGAGACAGCCGCUGAGCGCGCUGCCUUCGAAGACGAGGUGGAGAAUCUUGUUGAAAAGGCGCGACAGGAGGGUGAGCAGAUUGCGAAGCAGGAACGCGCGGCAGCUAAGAAGGAGAACGGUGGUGAUGAUGAUGAUAGCGAUUUUGAACUGUCGGGCUCGGAGGAUGAAGGUGAAGGUGGUGCAGACCCGGAGGAGGAUGACGAGGAGGAUGAAGAUGAAGAAGAAGAAGAGGACGAGGAAAUGGAAGGUAAACCCGCUGAUCAGGAAGGAAACCUGAUUGAUGCAGAGGCUGGUGAGGAUGAAUCCGACGAGGAUGACGGUGGCGAGUCCGAAGAUGAGAUGGCAGCUGAACCUCAAUUGGAGGUAACCACUAUUCCAACUCAGAGACGCAAGAGGCCUACUAGAGUUCUCAGCGAUGACGAGGACGAGGAGGAUGACCAGACACCAAAGACGCCCGCCAAACCAAUCAACCCGUUCGUGAACUCGGUGGAGCGGCCUAACAUCCCCGUCAAGCCCUCGGAGGCCACAAUGAGCCUAACCCAGGCCUUUGCAGGCACCCUUGCUACAAGCCAGGAUAUGAGCCAGCCAAACGAUACUAUCCCUAACUCACUGCCAGAGCCUGUAUCGAUGAGCAUUGACCGGGUGCCAGAAUCUCAAAUCAUUGUCAAAGACAGCCAGGAGCAACGCGCCGGCUCCACAGACCCGUUCACAGGACACUGGAGGGCGGAAUCUCGGGUACCGGAGUCCCCAGCUGCUCGAAGCGUGUCCCAGAUGUCCCAAAUCCCUGACCCAACGCAAGACGCCGGCUUCGUCUUCUCGCCUUUUGACCCCAAUAAGCGGUUCAUGGGCACCCCGCCACAUUCGACUAUCGAGACUGUCCUCGUAGAGCAGAGCAAUUCUCCAGUUGCAGCGAGGAAGAUAAGGAACUUGAAGCGUGGAAAAGCGCCUCAGCUUUCUGCUGUAGAGGAACAAGAAGAGGGUGACUUUGAGAUUGACGCGAGUGCAUUUGAUGUGAUGAAAAAGGCUUCAAAUAAAGCCAAGAAACAGGCUGAGCUUUUUGACCGCCAGAAGAGCAAGGCGAAGGAUGUUGUGGAAGAAGCUGCCGAGGAAUCAGACGAUGAAUAUGCCGGUCUGGGAGGUGCAAGCGACGAUGAUGCCGACGAUGAAGAGAACGCAUACGACAGGGCAAUGAUCAAUGACAACAGCGGGGAAAAGGUUGAUGCGAAGCAGCUGGCUGCUCUGAAUGCCCUUCACCAGAGAAAUGCCGACGAGAAGGACGUAGCAAAACUGCUCAAGGACAUCACCACAGGAGCCCUUCGCCGGCGCCGCAACAACGACGACGAAUUCGACCUAGACGACUCAGACGAUGAGUUACUGGCCCGCCGUCGCCAGAAGCAGAGAGAGUUUGCCCGCAUGCGAAACGCUCUCCUUGCCGAUGGCAAGGUCGGCGAACUAGCCGAGAACCCUAAGAAGGCAGCCUUCUUCAAGGCCAUCGAAGAUCGGGACGAUGACGACGCCGGCCUCGAUUUUCUGGGCUACGAGCAAGAAUCUGCGAGACAGGAUGAAUCGCAAGAUACAGCAGCGGAGACGGCAGAAGGUGACAGCACCAGCAACAAGAGGAAGAGGCCCCUGGAGCCUGCGGCAGAGGAUGUAAACAACAGACCUCCGCCUCACCUCCGCCGCAAGCCUGCCGGUGCGAUGUCGAAGAAGCCUGCCACACUCGCUGAGAUUCGCGAGACGCUUUCGUUCCUCACCGAGCGUCCUGAAUACGAUUCCUUCCAGGAGGAUGCUUCGGUUGAUGACGAUGAGGCCGAGCAGCAGCAUGCCGAUGCCGAUGCCGACGAUAACGAGUAUGAGUCCGAGGAGCCCCUAGUGACCAGCCGCCCCCGCGAACAAUCCCCAGCAACAGGCGUAUCCUUCGCACACCCCCGCCGCACCCGAGGCCCCGUCGUCGACCGUCUUGCCCUCUUGCGUCAAGCAUCCUCAAACUCUGCUUCGACCUCGAACAGUACCCGCCUGGCCUUCCACACCGGCGCAGCCAGCGAAAAGGCCGCCUCGUUCGGGUUUAAGCCGCCGAUCCUGCGCAAGACCACGACCGCCUCGUCGAGCUCCAGCUCCACGUCUACGACUGAUUCCUCGCGCGGCGUGACAAAGGCGCCUGGGGCGACGGUUGCAAAGAAGGGCUCCGUUAACUAUUAUACUGCUGCACGGGAACGGGAACGCGAGAGGCAGUUGCGUACGCAGCACCGCAACCGUGGGUCCAAUAUUGAGGCGCUUUUGACCAAGCAUGCUGGCAAUCGCGCCGGGAUGGGGGCUCUGGGAGGUGCUGGGCAGUGGGAGUAA